AUGUCUGCGCCACCCGCCCUACAAAUCCGAGAGGCGAACGCGCACUUGGCGGCCAUGCACCGGCGCGCGGUGGAGCUAGAGGCGCGGCUGGACGCAGCCGAGUGCACGGUGCGCGCCCAGGCCGAGCGCUUGGCCUGCCACGACCAGCAGCUGCGUGCCGCCCUCGAGGAGCUCGGCCACGCCAAGGACUGUGAGAUCGCCACGCUCCGGGAACAGCUGAUGACCUCCGAGGCCGCCGUCCACAACCUGCAGGCCACCGUGCGCCAGAGGGACGACCUCAUCGGGCAGCUGCAACUCCAGGCCGAGCUGCUGCGGGACGUCUGCCAGCAUCGCCUGCCCCUGGCCAGGCUGCUGGCCACUCUGGAUGAGGCUGAGCGCCUGGGGUCCCUCCCAUCCAGGGACCCUUGCGGGCCCAGCCCCGCAAUCGUCAGCACCAAUGGGGAAGGUGACGAGGACCACCUGCCAGCGGCUGUGUUGGGGACCACGGUUACCUUACUGGACCUGGAAGCAUCUAAGUGUGAGACCACUCCAUGCCAUCCCCUGGAAGGAACCCUGGCACUGCAGCCACUAAGUACCCCUCUGCUAAACAAAAGGGAGAGGACCGGCCCCGCGACCUCUUCAACUCCACCCAACUGCCCAAUCUCGUUGGCCACCCGUUUCCAACCUCCUCAGGGAAUUGUUACAUCGGGAGCUGCUGUGGGCCAGGGUUCCUGUCGGCUGGGCAAGGCCAACGGCCACCUGCAGCGCUCCGGGUAGAGUCACCUGCCUGGCACCUCACAAGCGGCUGCUCAACAUCAGUCACCGCCACCCCGUUUCCUCUUCCCAGUCGGCAGAAGGGGGCUGGUCUCUGCAGGGGAGGAUCAACUGGGGCUGGUCUGUGCUAAGGAAUAAACCAGAGCCCUUCGCCUUGA